GAUGAGAAAAAUCAGUUAAUGACGACAAAUGUCUGGUUGAAACAGGAAUGGGUUGAUGUAAAAUUAAGAUGGAAUCCUGAUGACUAUGGUGGAAUAAAAGUUAUACGUGUCCCUUCAGACUCUCUUUGGACCCCAGACAUCGUUUUGUUUGAUAAUGCAGAUGGGCGCUUUGAAGGGGCCAGUACGAAAACCGUGGUCAGGUACGACGGCACUGUCACCUGGACUCCGCCGGCAAACUACAAAAGUUCCUGCACCAUCGAUGUCACGUUUUUCCCAUUCGAUCUCCAAAACUGUUCCAUGAAAUUUGGUUCUUGGACUUACGAUGGAUCACAGGUUGAUAUAAUUUUGGAGGACCAAGAUGUAGACAAGAGAGAUUUUUUUGAUAACGGAGAAUGGGAAAUUGUGAGCGCAACGGGAAGCAAGGGAAACAGGACGGACAGCUGUUGCUGGUACCCUUACAUCACUUACUCGUUUGUGAUCAAGCGCCUGCCCCUCUUUUAUACCUUGUUCCUCAUCAUACCCUGUAUCGGGCUCUCCUUCUUAACCGUACUUGUCUUCUAUCUGCCUUCAAACGAGGGUGAAAAGAUUUGUCUCUGCACUUCAGUGCUUGUCUCUUUGACCGUCUUCCUUCUUGUCAUCGAAGAGAUCAUACCCUCAUCUUCAAAAGUAAUUCCUCUGAUUGGAGAGUACCUGGUGUUUACCAUGAUUUUUGUGACACUGUCCAUUAUGGUCACCGUCUUCGCUAUCAACAUCCAUCACCGUUCUUCCUCCACGCAUAACGCUAUGGCUCCAUGGGUCCGCAAGAUAUUUCUUCACCGGCUUCCGAAACUGCUUUGCAUGAGAAGCCAUGUGGAUAGGUACUUCAGUCAGAAGGAAGAAACUGAGAGCAGCAGGGGACCAAAACCUUCUCGGAACACGCUGGAAGCUGCGCUUGACUCUGUUCGCUACAUCACGAGACACGUGAUGAGGGAGAAUGACGUCCGGGAGGUUGUUGCAGAUUGGAAAUUCAUAGCCCAGGUUCUUGAUCGGAUGUUUCUAUGGACUUUUCUUCUGGUUUCAAUUGUUGGAUCUCUUGGGCUUUUUGUUCCUGUUAUCUAUAAAUGGGCAAAUAUAGUAGUGCCAGUUCAUAUUGGAAAUGCAAAGAAGUGACACUUCCCACAGGGUU